AUGAGCACUGGAGCCCCUCCCUCACUCCAGCAUCUGGCCAUGCAGAUUCUGCUGAGCGACCAGGCCCUGGCCAUCUCUGCCCUGGAAGAUCUGCCUGUGCUGCUGUUCCCUUCGCUGUUCAUGGAGGUCUAUGCUCAGGGCCACACACAGGCGCUGAAGGCCCUGGUGAAGGCCUGGCCCUUCUCCUGCCUCCCCCUGGGGGACCUGGCAGAGUCUCCAGACAUGGAAACCUUCAAGGCUGUCCUGGAUGGGCUCGAUCUGCUACUGGCCAAGAAGGAGCGCCCCAGUCGGUGGAAACUGCAAGUCCUCGACCUGCGGAAUGAGCACCCCAACAUCUGGAUACAGGGCUACCCCUCCAUGGCCAGACUAUCUUGUCCGGAUGUCCUGACUGACAAGCCAAGAGAGAGCCACUGCUCAGGGAUGACUGAAGAGCCUCCCUUGACCAUAGCCAUGGACCUGACCAUCAAAGAUGGUGUCCAGGACGCUCUCCAAGCCCACCUGCUCCAGUGGGUCAGGGAGAGGAGAGAACAAGUCCAGCUCUACUCCAGGAAGCUGCAGAUUCUGUCUGACUCCUUCUCUGAAAUCCAGAAGGCUCUGCUUGUGGUGAGGCUGGACUCCAUCCAGGAACUGGUGGUGAGUGAAUUUGGGCAUCCAGGAAUUAUGAAAGAACUUGCUCCUUACUUGGGUCGAAUGAAGAACCUUCACAUCCUCAACUUCUGCAACAUGGGUGGAGACUUCUACAGUCACCCUCACGAGAAUUUAUGGUAUCCCUGGAUUAUAGGGGAGCAUCUAGGGCAGCUGCAGCAUCUCCAGGAGCUUCAUGUGCAUCACAUUGUCUUGCUUAAUGCAAAUAUACCUGCCAUCAUCAGGAGCCUGCCACCUUUGAAGACCUUGUCUCUGAGUUCAUGUCUGCUGAAGGAAGCUGACCUGAGGUUUCUGUCCCAGUGUCCCUGCUCCAGGCAGCUCAAGCACCUGCGUCUGAGGAGAUUGCCCAUGGAGUCAUUCAGUUCUGAGCCCCUGAAAGCCUUGUUGGGCAGAGUGGUGGGAACCCUGGAGACCCUGGCCCUGGAAGACUGUGCCAUCAAUGACGCCCAGCUCUCAGCCAUCUUGCCCAUCCUGAGCCAAUGCUCUCAGCUUAGCCUCUUCAGUUUCUAUGGAAAUCACAUCUCCAUGGCCACCCUGAAGAACCUCCUGAGCCACAUGGCCAGGCUGGGCCAUUUGAGACGAGGGCUCUAUCCUGCCCCUCUGGAGAGCUACCGCCCACAAGAGUGGAGGCAAAGGUACAUUGACCAUGAGAGAUUUGCCAAUGUUCGGGCUGGCUUGGCACACGUAUUAAGACAUAUCGGGACAAACCAGAAGGUCCAGAUCUGUACACGUUUCUGUCAUCACCGAAACAAGUGCCAGUCCUACAGCAUGGCACCUGAUGGUUCCUGGGUGGUCACAGAGGAAGAUCUUCCUGGGCUUUCUGCUCUGCCUGUGUAG